AUGCCGAGGCGUGCCACGCCAUCGCAUCGCAUCUCUCAGCUCCGAAUGGAGGGCUGCAUCUCGCUAAGACCCUCGUCCCAACGUGCUCGCUUGGCCGGGGCUUCUAGAGACAGAUCCGGCACCAACCCCGCUCGCCCUCGACUUCGCUCCACCCGCCCUCGUCCCCCCUCUCUUUCGACGACGACAGACGGGAUCCUGGCAGUCCUUGCCCCGCACCGAGGCCAGAACAAGGUUGGCGGUGUGGGAGAAAAGCAGCAGGCUCGGUCGAUCUCUUCCUUGGCUUGGACGAUCAGCACCGGCAGCAGGGCAGCUCGGACAAGGCUUCGCCGUCGUCGCCGUCGCCGUCGCCGUCGCCGCAUGGCUGCGAUGGCCGCCAGGUCGACCGACCCUUGUCGACUCGAAUGGGUCAGCUGGUGCGAUAGGCAAGGACUAUGGUGCCGGACCGGGUUUGGCUUGGCCGGAGAGCAAGCCACCAGGCUCAACCUCUCUGACGCCUUCGUCUAG